AAAGUGAACCAAUGGAUGUCAAAGUUAAAUUGAUUUCUGAACUAAAUGGAUCUAUUCUUGUGUGUAAUUUUCAGUUUUAAAUGUUGGUUUCCGUGAAAAAUGGCAGAAAAUUAUGCAGUGCAAACUGCUAGCAAAGUGUCGGUGGACAAACUUGUGCGAGUUGGCCUGUAUGAGCUGGGAAAGACGCUCGGCCGUGGAAAUUUUGCCGUGGUGAAGCUCGCCUCGAAUCUUGUCACAAAGUCAAAGGUGGCAAUCAAGAUAAUCGAUAAAACAUGCCUGGACGAGGAGAAUUUGCAGAAAACCUUCAGGGAGAUUUCGGUGCUGAAGCUGCUGCGCCAUCCGCACAUCACGCGCCUGUACGAAGUGAUGGAGUCCAAGUCGAUGAUUUACCUCGUGACUGAGCACGCGGCUCGUGGCGAGGUGUUUGAUCAUCUGGUGGCCAAUGGGCGGAUGACGGAAGAAGAGGCGUCGCGAGUGUUCGCCCAAAUCGUCUCGGCGGUGGACUAUUGCCACAGGAAGGGUGUCGUGCAUCGUGAUCUGAAGGCGGAGAAUGUGCUGCUGGACAAUGAGAUGAACAUCAAGCUGGCGGACUUUGGCUUUAGUAACACCUUCACGGACGGCGUGCCGCUGAGCACGUGGUGUGGUUCUCCGCCGUAUGCGGCUCCCGAAGUGUUUCAGGGCCUGGAAUACGAUGGCCCGAAAGCGGAUAUUUGGAGUCUGGGAGUCGUGUUAUAUGUCCUCGUCUGUGGCGCUCUGCCAUUCGAUGGGGCGACUCUUCAUGAUCUGCGCAGUGUGGUUGUGGCGGGAAAGUUCAGAAUUCCUUUCUUCAUGUCACAGGCUUGUGAGGAUCUCAUCCGGCACAUGCUGCUGGUGCAGCCGGAGAGGAGGUUCACACUGAAGCAGAUUGCGAGGCAUCCCUGGAUGGGAUUGUGGACGAGCAUGAUUGAAGAGGCCGCCACGAUGGGGAGCAACGAUCCUAUGAAUCUCGAUUCUGUGGUAAUGACACAUAUGCUUCAACUGCCUGGACUUACGGCGGAUAUGAUCGCUCAAUCGGUCCAUGAGAACCGAUAUGAUCACAUUUACGCAAUAUACAAUCUGCUGGUGGACAAAUUGCAAAGCAAGAAGCGAGAACAGCAGAGAAUUCAGCAUCAUGGGAACUUUAUGUAUCCCAGAUCAAGAAAGGCGAGUAUUACCACGGGAAUUGUGGAGAGGAGUGAGCCGACAAAGAGCGAAGUUAUCGAUCGACUGAGUCCACUUACAAAUAGUGGGAUGCCCUUCCUAACAACCCACAAUGCUUGUGAGUUGAGCACAGAUUUUGAGAAGUUUAUCGAGACGGACUUCGAUGCGAACAUUCCCGCUCCUCCGACUCAGCAAUUGGGAGAUCAAUACUUUCCGCUGGCGCCCAAUACGUCAGGAGGCAAUACAAGGAGACACACUGUUGGUCCUGGAGAUGUGGCUCAUGAGCAAGCGCUUGUGAACCCAUCAGCUCAGCCGAUUCCCUUCAAAUUCGGCACAGAGUGUGGCACUAACUUACCUGUGAAUUUACCUAUGUUGCAAAAUCAACCAUUGCACAACUUUACAAUCAAAGAUCAACAUCUACUGAAGCCACCAACAGUGAUGGGAGCAAGUUCUUUCGGACGACGAGCUUCCGACGGAGGUGCCAAUCUUCAUAUUUACUACCCCACGACUAGUAACAGUGGUCAAACUAUGGAGAAUUUGUACAAUCCUCCGCCGGCUGUGGAGUGCUUUGCCGUUGGUGGUCCGGAAAGAGUGGAUUCGCGUCUGGAAUCAUCACCUAUUGAAGUUGGGGACGAGUCUAAUGAUGAGAUACAGAGAUACAUGCACGGACGUGGUUGCUCAAAACGCCAUACAGUUGGAUGUACAGAUGAUCUGCCAGCAACGCCCAGCAGUGUGAGCAGUCCCAUGGAGCCUCCUUUGACUCAUUCACCGGUGAUUGGUGGCUCCAGUGGAGGACGGACACGACGCAGUGGAUUGCUGACAGUGACGGAAAGGCCGCCAGUCAUAAGUCCCGAACUGAUCAGAGAAGUGGAAGCACGCAUGAAUCGGAAUUAUCUGCCACCUUCACUCAUGCAAAAUUCCCAGGGGCAAUUGCAGCAGAAUACAAGUGCUGCACGACGUUUUGGGCGCGCCUGCAAAUUGCCAACUGUACAGGAAGUUGGUCGCUAUAGUCCGGUGAGGCGUGCUUCUGAAGGCUCCAGGAUCAAUACACAGUUUCAGGGACCACUUCAGGAGUGUCAGCAACUGCAGAAGGGAUUGGCUCAACGAAACCUCCUCGUCACUCCAAGUCCUCCGCUUAUUGAUAAUUCUGUCAGUUUACCGGGUUCGCCGAUACACUAUAGACUGAAUGAAGAUCAGGGGGUGCAUGACAUCGAUAUUCCGGCGGACAAGAUGAUCAUGCUAAUGUCGGGACUGGAGCGUUUGCUGAAUGAGUGCCGUAUCAGCGUAGAGACGGCCAACAGUAUUGUCACGACGCGGCGUGUACCUAUUGAAUUAGCGCAGCAUCUCGGCCUGAUGGCGCACUCGGGCAAUAAUGGUCUGGACGUGUCUUCGCCGGCGAGUCACAGUCAGAGUGUGUCACCGAUUCCGGGGAGUUUCGCCAAGACGAGUGGCUUCAGUUCACCGCUAGCGCAUUAUAGUGGCAGUGCCUGCGCCUCGCCCAUCUUUAAUUCCUCGCCCAUGCACCAAAUCACGAAGGGAAUCAGUGGUCUGAACACGGGCGGUGGGUCGAUUUCAAAAGGCACCUCCGCUGUGUCGGAGUCUAAUCAGCCGCUUGAUCUGACGAUGGACGUGGGUGGAAGUGACAAUGCUCAGUGGUACAUCCCGGGGAAUUUCUACGAGCUGAAGCCACUGAAUUUGUCUCCGGUGCAGCAGUUGAGGAUUAUUCCAACGCCGCCGGCAUCGCCAAAUCUGUGUAUUAUUCAGGAAGAGAAUUCAGUGGCCAGAGCCGCGGGUGAAGUGACAAAUCCGGUGGUGGUGAACGCAGAUGAGAGUACAAUGCCACAUCCGCAUCCACAAAUAUGUCUGACGGAUGUGCAGGGCAGUGAAAUAACCUUGGUGGCAUUGUCAGACUCCAGUCGAGACAGUGAAGAUUCAUUAGAUAUUCACAAUUCCAUUGGACUACAGGGACUAGUGAUCACUGAGCCCUCGAGCGACAUGCCGUCAAUUACACGCGGCGUUGGCCGGAAGGCGAGCCUUGAGAGUGAAUCGACGGCCACAAAUAGCUCCAAGGGAACCACCAAGGACGCACCGGAAGUUGAUACUCGUCGGGGAAGUGAUAAAUCGCUGGGGUUUAGUGAUGACAGCCUCAGCAAUGACUCCAAUAACUUGUCGCCCAGUCAGGAGCCGUCAACGAGUUCGGGGUUUAGGAGUAGCGUGGAUUCGCGCAGUGAAGUGGACAUUCUGGAGGAGUGUUAUGAGCUGCCAUUGCCACACGAGUGCUCAAAUCUCGAUCCGACGCACAUUCUUGAGCUAGUGAAGAAGACGAUUGACUCGAAGAUGCCACCAAAAGGUUUUGUGCUGAAUCGCGUGGAUGCGGACAGGGACGUGGCUCUGGUGGACAUCUCGAAUCUCAGUCUGGAGUAUUCGGGAGGACUGCAGAUUGAGCUGCAAGUGUACGAGGGCAGGAGCAAAGACAACGGCGUGCGUGGUAUAAAGCUGAGAAGGAUUUCGGGGGAUCAAUUUGAGUACGGAAAGCUAUGUCAGCAACUCAUAAGUUCCCUCACAGUGUGAAAUGCGGAGAUUCAUUCCUCUGGCCAGGAUGGUAAUUAAGGUAAAUGAAGCACGAAUGCCAUUGGAAUGAUUCUUUGCGGUAUUUAAGUUCUUUUUCUUUACAAUUGCUCAUCGAUGAUAUAUGAUGGCAAGAAAAUGCGAUCUGCCAUAUAAACAGCCAGUAUGAUCUUACAUAUUUAGCAAGUCAAGGAGAUCAUAUUAUGAAAAAAAGGAAAAUAAUCUGAGAAAGUAGAUUUACUUUAGGUGCCAUAUUCUAGCUUGUUUUAAAGCUUCCCUGAAGAUUUUGUUGGUGUUUUAAUUUUGAAAUAUCCAUGAACUGUGUAAGUUUUAACCUGAAUAAUGUGAGUUACAUAAAAAUAGUUCUUAACAAAAGCAAGAAAGAAAUAAAAACAUCCUCUCAAUACAGCAAAAAACCACAAAUGAAGGGCUAAGAAGUGAAAUACAAAUUAACAAACAUAUAACUUAAUGGAAAAAAAAUUUUAAUAUAUAAAUAUUUAAAGAGAUAUGUUUAGAAUGUUAACCAAUUUUCAUAUAACGUAGAUUUCCUUGAGAAUGGAACAAGAAAAGAUAAAAAAAAAAAUAGGCGAGAAAUCAUUCCAAAAGAAAAAUCCUUAAAGGAAAGUCAAUGCACAAUUUGUGUUGUAAGUUUUUUUUCUGCUUUUCUGUUACUAUGUUAUAUAAAAAGAAUAAAUGAAUUUAUAAUACAAUUGGUAGAACGAUGAAUUGCUGAGAGAAGUAAUGUAAAUAGAGAGGAUUAGAGUUUAAGGUUGGGGUAGUGUAAAAUAUUUGUUCACAUUCCUAGCAUUUGGUAUACUAAAGUAACACAAAACUUUGAGUUUUAUAUCCUUAAGAGAAAGGCUAUCAUGUAAUGUUAGUUUAUCGAGGGUGGAAAGAUAUAAAGGUGGAAUUCGAUAUUGAAAACUAUCACGAUUGAGACUUGAAUCUCAGAGGCAGAAACGUCACACUAAUCUUACCACUUUUCAAUAUGCAGCAAAACAACGUCACUAGAUUCGGUCUCUGAACUACACGCAAACACACAGAAAAAACACACUUUAUCAAAUGAUUAAAAGGGAAAAUAGAGGAAAAAUCUUGUUCGUUUCACCAGUGGGAAAAGUAAUGUUCGUGAUGCAUAAUCAUUGUUGGCACAAAGAUUUUAUAUAGGAAAUUUGUGAAGAGAGAGAUAGAGAGGAAGAUGGCAAAACAAUUUAAAUAUCUAUCAAUUAUCCUUUUAAAUGUACAUAAUGAAAAUAUGUAUUCUGUGGAAUUUACACAAAAAACAGUCCGUUGUCGUGUAACUUUGAAGUAAUAUAUACAAAGAAAUUAACUACAAGUGUGCAGAUCAUCUUAAAGAUGUAAAUAAUUGAGGAUACAUUAUUAUAUAUUGAGAAAUAAUUACAUAAAAAGACUGCUGUGAUCUAAGUAAAUGAAUAAAUGGAUUUGUAAUCAUCACAA